UGCCUCCUCCUUUCUAUAUCGCGCUUCGAAAAUAAACCGUUUCUCGCUCUCCCUCCUCUCCCUCGAUUCCGCCACCCUCGUGUUCGAUCCCGGCGAGUAAGGUCCGCUCGCCGAACACUAUUAGCCCCGGCCGAGGCGACGCCUUAUGGCCUCCUCGUCGGCCUUUCUUGCGCUCCGGAGCGCCUCCGAUUGGUGGGAUGAGGUGAACAACUCCAGCCUGUGGCAGGAUCGGAUCUUCCACGCCCUCUCCCUUCUCUUUGGACUCAUCUCCGUCGUCGCCCUCAUUCAAUUGGUUAGGAUCGAAUGUAGAGUACCCGAGUUUGGCUGGACGACGCAGAAGGUCUUCCACUUCUUGAACUUCCUCGUGAAUGGGGUUCGGUCUCUCGUCUUUGUGUUUCGUAGGGGCAUCCAGAAAAUAAACCCCGUGAUAAUUCAACAUAUUCUACUGGAUUUGCCUGGUCUUGCAUUCUUUACUACAUAUGCUCUGCUGGUUUUAUUUUGGGCUGAAAUCUAUUAUCAGGCACGUUCUGUGUCUACUGAUGGGCUUAGGCCAAGCUUCUACACAAUUAAUGCGGUGGUCUAUGUUAUUCAGAUCUCUCUUUGGUUAGUUUUGUGGUGGAAGCCAGUCCAAGCUAUGAUCGUUUUAUCCAAGUUAUUCUUUGCAGGUGUCUCAUUCUUUGCUGCCCUUGGUUUUCUUUUAUAUGGAGGGAGGCUUUUCUUAAUGUUGAAGCGCUUCCCUGUUGAAUCAAAAGGGCGACGUAAGAAGUUACAGGAGGUUGGCUAUGUUACGACCAUAUGUUUCCUAUGUUUCUUGUUGAGAUGCAUUAUGAUUUGCUUCAACACUUUUGACAAAGCUGCAGACCUUGAUGUUCUGGAUCAUCCAAUUCUGAACUUCAUAUACUACCUGUUUGUUGAAAUUUUGCCCUCAGCUCUGGUACUUUUCAUCUUAAGGAAAUUACCGCCUAAACGUGGGAUCACUCAAUACCAUCCAAUCCAUUGACUUGGGGUUCCUACUUUUGUUGUUGAUGAACUCACCAUAAACCAAUUAGUCUGCGAAGCCAUUUCAUGCUGAAGUUUACAGGGAAGAAAUCAACAAAACUGGCAUCCCGUGAUGAUGGUAUAACUACUCCCAGAAUAGAUCUGCUUUAUGGGGUUUGUAGGAAUAUAAUGAUUUGUUUUGAAGUCCAAUAGCAAUGUAAAUAUCUGCACGAUAGUUCAUUGUUUAGUUUAUCCUGCUUACUAAUUCUGUUACUCUGGUUGUCAUGUGAUGUUCUAUGGACACUCUCAAACAAACUACUUGCUACCAUCAUAUAAGCGAUUACUUUAGUAACAUGGUAAUUAUUUAGUGAA